AUGACAUUCUCAGGUGCAUUGACGCUGACCGAUCUCAACGACUAUCUCGGUCCAUCACAGGCUUGCAUCAAGCCAGUGUCAGGCGACACGGCAAAGCCGGACUCUGAGGCGGCUAAUGUUACCAGCCAGGCUGGUGGAGCUAGCACAGCCAUAAGCAUCGAUGCUGAUGGCUCCUACUACGAAUCGCGCCAUAGUGUACACAGCGAUGGCGGAUUCAGCAGCACAGCAGCGUCAGGAUCUACGAGCGACGAUCAGCCGAGAGCGAGGACAAAGCUUGAGACUGCUCAGAUCAGUCUGGACGAUUGUUUGGCCUGCUCCGGCUGCGUCACUAGCGCUGAAGCUGUGCUGGUCGGCUUGCAGAGCACAGAGAGCUUGAUGAAGACGCUGCGAGAAGUUCGGGAGGUGAGUGGUGCUGUGUCCGUAGAUAGCUUGUAUGCUGCAAUACUCUUCCUCUCAUCACACAUCGCCUUUCCACCGUCGCCCAUUCAGCUGCCCACGGCGGAUCGCCCGCUGCUCGUGGCGUCCAUAGCGCCCCAAGUGCUUGCCAGCUUCUCCGCCCUGUACUCUCAUCGAGCCUCCUCAAUGCGCGCAUCCGCAACUCACUUGAGCCUGCCCACCAUGCUUGCUCGCAUCGCCUACUUUUUCAAAUCGCAGCUCGGCUUCGACGAGGUGUACGACACGACAUUUGCGAGGCACUUGUCCCUCCGAGCGCACGUAAGGGAGUUCAAAGACCGCAAAGACAGUCAAUCGAGAGCGCCAAACAGUGCGAAUGGCAACGCCACACCUUGCCUUCCUAUGCUAGCAAGCGCUUGUCCAGGUUGGGUGUGCUACGCCGAAAAGACACAUGGAGAGCUUCUUCCGCUCCUAUCGCGAACUCGUUCUCCCCAGCAGAUAUCCGGCAUCCUCGCAAAGCAAAUCCUCCCUGCCGCUGCAACGCUAGCGUCCAGCACAGCCAGGAAUCCGAGCGGCAAGACUCGUCAAGUAUACCAUCUCUCUGUAAUGCCCUGCUAUGAUAAGAAGCUAGAGGCGAGCAGACCUGAUUUCGCCAACGCUGGGGCAGAUGGACAGAGCGUCAAGGAUGUGGACUGCGUGAUUACUGCAGGCGAGUUGGACAAUUUGAUGAAGGAGCAGGAAUUCGACAUCACGGCUUCGGUUUCUGCAUCGAACGCAGACCUCGCGCUGCUGCAGGAGGCUGAAAGCACUGCGGAGCGGCCCAAACUUCCGCCUUCACCACCCGAAUCUGAAUCAGGAGCAGACCUGGACAUAGCAGCAACAUCUGUUGCCACUCAGGAUACCUCUGACCCAGCGACACGUCCAUCGAUACCCUCGCUUUUGCCACAAGUGGGCAGCUCUUCCGGCUCGUAUCUGUUCGCCAUUCUCGCUGCAGUGUGGACCGAUCAUCUUUCCACCCUCUCACCCGACUCAGCACAGCCCGCGUUGGACGUGCGCACUAUUCGCAACGCGGAUUAUACCGAGUACGUCCUUCGUGAUGCGGCUGGAAGCGUCCUCUUUAGGGGUGCGACGACGUACGGAUUCAGAAAUCUGCAAAAUCUGGUGAGGAAAUUGCAGAAGCAGACUGGAUUGAAGAGUAAAGGAGCAUCAGCUGGCAUCGUUGAUCCACUCAGCAGGAUCGGAGGUGCGAGAAGUUCAAGAGGAACGAGUAGGGGUAGAGGCAGAGGUAUGGUCAAGCGAGGAGCAGCAGCGCGGGGCACCGAUCAGGCAGGUGCUGUUGCUGCGUCGCCCCUCUCGGUGGCUGCCGAGGACGAUGGUAGCUACGACUAUGUUGAAGUCAUGGCCUGCCCUGGAGGAUGCGUGAAUGGAGGUGGACAAUUGCGUCCGCCCACCUCUUCCGCACCGGCGAACCAAGAACAGUCGGAUGCGCAAGCCACGUCCAUUGUAGCUCGAACACUGCAAGCGCAAAACGAUGCGGCAGAGAUGCAGGUGGAUGGAGUGGAACUGCCCAAAGCCAAGAUGACCGGCUACGACACGCCAGAUACGGACAUGCUUUCGCUGGCUUCUGAGCGCAAAGACGAUGGUCUGGAUCUUGGGGACGAGAGAGCAUCGAUUGAGGAGCCGAUCAAGGGAUGGCAAGGAACAUCGAGGGAGUGGGUCAGAGUUGUUGAAAACGCCUAUUGGCGCAAAGAAGACGUCGAAUCGCCCGACGAUGACUUGUCCUUUGGGAGCGCACAUGCAGUCCAAGCUUUUGUCAAGGACCGACAACAACUUGGCGAUCCUCGACUUUUGAGCCACGCCGUCUCGAAAGCUCUGCGCGACCAUGUCGCACCUCUUGCUGAGAGCACGAAGCAGAACAUCGAAAGCUUGACGCGAGACUACGAGGGUAGGAUACGCUCGCUCAAUGAUGGUGCUGGAGAGCAAAAUUUCUUUACACAGUACAGAGCGGUGCAGGACGAGGCUGUUAGCGGUCUUGCUGUGCAGUGGUGA